AUGGCACACCCGGCGGCCUCUCCCCGCCCGGGCACCUAUCGGUGGCCCCAGACCCUGCCUGAGUGCCAGUGAGUGUCGCAGGCCAGGCCGGACACUGAAGCUCCGGAUCCAGGAUGUGGAAGCCGAGGCGGCGCGGGUCAUCCUGGCUGGGGACCCUGCGCUACGCCGAGGAGCAGCCACCCCGGCGGAGGGGCGGGGCGGCGCGUGCGCACAAGGUCGCCGCGGGAAAUUGGAAAUCGGCCUGCCAGGCCAUGGGGACCUGGCACCGCCUGGACAUGGGCGCGGCGACUGGCCUGGCACGCCGGCUGCGGGCGGCGCUGCUGGAGGAGGAGCCGCGGGCCGUUGAGGAACUGCUGCGCCGUGGCGCGGACCCCAACCUGGUGCUCGUGGACGGCGCGGCGGCCAUACACUUGGCGGCCAGAGCCCGGUACCCGCGCGGCCUGUGCUGCCUCCAGGCCCUGCUGCGCGGAGGCGGGGACCCCAACACUCGAUCUGCAGAAGCGCUGACGCCGCUGCACGUGGCAGCCGCCUGGGGCUGUCGCCGUGGCCUGGAGCUGCUGCUGAGCCAAGGAGCGGACCCGACGCUGCGCGACCAGGACGGACUCCGGCCGCUGGACCUGGCCCUGCGGCAGGGGCACGUGCAUUGCGCGCGCGUCCUUCGGGAACUGGACGCGCGGACCCGGACCCGGACCCGGGCAGAGACCCAAGAGCCUGAGCCCGAGCCCGAGCCUGAGCCUGGCAGUCUAGGCCUCUCUGGACCCCCCGACCGGACGCUGGACUCGGCAGCACUGCAGACGCAGCUGGGCAGAGGCGAUGGCAGCCACGUGGGCCUGGAGGCUGGCCCGGGGUCCCCCAGCCUUCCUGCUUCCCUUGGGGUCGCGGACAAGGAUAGGAGCUCAGCGUCCCCACUAGGGCGCUGGGACUGCAGCUCAGAUGAGUCCUUCGUGACCGCUGUUGAGGUCUCUGGAGCUGAGGACCUAGCCCCGGACACUUCCCCCUGGGCUGGGUCAUUGCCCCAGACCAGGCAGGGACUCCCGCUUGGUGUCCGUCCCACCCAGAGGGUACCAAGGUCUCUGGACGCCCCGCCGCUGGCACAUGUAGCCCAGAUUGUGUGCAGCGAGGCAGAACUGAAUGCCGAUCUACAGGCCCUGACUCUGACCUCGCCAGAUGCUGCCAGCUUCCCGUCCUCCUCCUCCACGUCUCUCCGGGAUGGGGGCCCAGCUGGUAGUCCCCCACAGACACUGCCCCCUGAACCCUCUGCCUUCCACAUCCAGACAGAUGACCAGACAUCUCUUGAUAGUGGCGUGGCUGCCCUCUGGCUGACAGAGGAUGAGGCGAGCUCCACAGAUGACAGGGAUCCUGUCCCCUGUUGCUGGCACCUGCCAGUCCCCGCUAUGUCUGACUCAGAGCUGCUGCAGGGACCUCGGACACUUGGCAAGAGUCCUGGCCCCGUCACACCCUUCCCGCGGCGGUACUACCUCCAACGGCUGGAAGAAGCCCAGGUGGCUCCUGGCCCAGACUUCUCAGGGCACAGCCCAGAACUGGCCGAGGCCCUGCGGACAGGCCGGAUCUCUCACGCCCAGGCAGAUGAAGAUGCGCUUGCCCAGCAGUUUGAGCGCCCAGAUCCCACCAGGAAGUGGCGGGAGGGGGUUGUGAAGUCCAGUUUUACGUAUCUGCUGCUGGACCCCAGGGAAACUCAGGACUUGCCAGCCCGUGCCUUCUCACUGACCCCAGCUGAGUGUCUUCAGACUUUUGUCCGUGCCAUCUUCUAUGUGGGCAAGGGGACACGGGCCCGGCCGUAUGUCCACCUUUGGGAGGCCCUUGGCCAUCAUGGGCGGCCAGGAAAACAGGCCUGCCCCAAGGUACGCCAGAUUUCAGACAUCUGGGCCAGUGGUCGCGGGGUCAUCUCCUUGCACUGCUUUCAGCACGUGGUUGCCGUGGAGGCUUAUACGCGGGAGGCAUGUCUUGUGGAUGCGCUAGGGAUCCAGAUGCUGGCCAACCAGAAACAAGGGCACUGCUAUGGAGUGGUGGCAGGCUGGCCACCCGCUCGGCGCCGGCGCUUGGGGGUACACCUGCUGCACCGUGCCCUCCUUGUCUUCCUGGCUGAAGGCGAGCGAGAGCUGCGACCUCAGGACAUCCAGGCCCGCGGCUGAGUGCUGGGGAAUCGGCCAUCCAGCCUGGGUAGAGAUCAAGGAGUAUGAAUGUCCCAGCUGCCCCUGCUGAG